GGCAUUGAUCCCGACCCCAACCCCUCUCCUCCGCCUCCUCCUCCGCCGCCUCAACCGCCUCUCGAACCCAGAUCCUCCGACGCCGCCUCCGCCCCGGCAUCACCUCUUCCGCUGUAGUCACCGCUGAAGUCGCCGCCACUUCCUACGAUAACAAUCUUUCUCUCAGGUUUUUCCCCUAAAAACUUGACCGUUCCUUUCUCAUGCCUCUUCGUCUUGUGGUUUCGUCUCCUCAACAAGCUCGAAUCUCUCACUGAGAAUCCAUGGAUGAGGGAGAUUAAGCUCGUAUUUGAUCAUUCAAGCCCUUUUUCAAUUUCUCGGGAAUCCAAGACUUGGAGGAACGAAAGGACAUAUAUUGCAACUUCUCCAGCUCACAGUCACAAGCUUUUCUAUAUACAAUGGAUGAACAACGAAGGCACAGGAUCUUGAUGGUUUCUGAUUUUUUCUACCCAAAUUUUGGUGGAGUGGAAAAUCACAUUUACUACUUAUCACAAUGCUUGCUCAAGUUGGGUCACAAGGCUGUUGUGAUGACACAUGCUUAUGGAAAUCGGUCUGGAGUACGCUACAUGACUGGAGGAUUGAAAGUUUAUUAUUUGCCUUGGAGACCAUUCCUCAUGCAGAAUACACUGCCCACUUUCUACUUGACACUUCCUAUUAUAAGGACCAUCCUUGUUCGAGAGAGGAUAUCUGUAGUGCACGGACAUCAAGCAUUUUCAACACUCUGUCAUGAAGCCUUGUUGCAUGCACGAACCAUGGGUUACAAAGUUGUAUUCACAGAUCAUUCUUUGUAUGGGUUCGCUGAUGUUGGAAGCAUUCACAUGAAUAAGGUGUUGCAGUUUACUCUUGCUGAUGUGGAUCAGGCAAUAUGCGUUUCUCACACGAGCAAAGAAAAUACAGUUCUUCGAUCUGGAAUACCUCCAAAUAAAGUCUUUGUAAUACCGAAUGCUGUUGAUACCGCCAUGUUUACUCCUGCUCCUAAUCGGCUCAGCUGUGAUGAGAUUGUUAUAGUAGUGAUUAGUAGAUUGGUUUAUCGGAAGGGUGCAGAUCUUCUUGUUGAAGUUAUUCCAGAAGUAUGCCGUCUAUACUCAAAUGUCCGCUUUAUAGUUGGGGGAGAUGGACCGAAACGUGUGAGGCUUGAGGAGAUGCGGGAAAAAUAUUCUCUCCAGGACAGAGUGGAUAUGUUAGGUGCAGUUCCGCAUGCUAAUGUCAGAUCUGUGCUUGUAUCAGGGCAUAUAUUUCUAAACAGUUCUCUUACAGAAGCUUUUUGUAUAGCCAUUUUGGAAGCUGCUAGCUGUGGAUUACUGACUGUGAGCACAAGAGUUGGAGGUGUUCCAGAGGUUCUGCCUGAUGACAUGAUAGUACUUGCAAAACCAGUUCCAGAUGAUAUGGUUUUGGCCAUCAAGAAAGCAAUUUACAUGCUUCCUGGUAUCGAUCCUCAAGCCAUGCACCAACGUAUGAAAAGCCUCUAUAGCUGGCCAGAUGUUGCUAAAAGAACGAAGGUUGUAUAUGACCGUGCAUUGCAAUGCUCCAACCAGGAUCUUAUGCAACGUCUUCCUAGAUACCUUAGAUGCGGGGCCUGGGCUGGCAAGUUGUUUUGCCUGGUCAUGAUCAUCAAUUAUCUUCUGUGGCAUCUGUUACAAUUUUUUCAGCCAUCAGAGAGCAUAGAAGAGGUGCCAGACACACCAUUAGCUCAGCAUCAACACGAGGAUAUGCUACACAAUUUCAAUGAAGUUCAGGAUCAGAUCUGAUUCCAUCAAUUCCGUCAGCAAACUCAGUUCUUAAAAGUGCUUACAUCAAAAGAUAUGAAAAUUUAACGAAGAAGGGAUUUUGGUCAAAUUCAAGACAUUUUGUCGUUUCUAGCUAACUAACAAGGCUGAAAACUAAGAGCCCUUAUUUUGAGGAUGGCUCUUUUCUUACAAUUGCAGGAGUUUGAAAUUUCGCAGGUC